AGCGCCAACAAAAUUUAAGCAGAGUUUCUCUUCGAAAAGCGUCCACAAAACGCGACCAAGAUGGGUUCCAAUUAUAUAGUAUUGAACAUCGACGCCCACUCCUGGACGGAGGAAGACAUCCUCCACUUUCCGACGAUCAGCAAGCCCAUUUCGCAUGGUGGGUUCACUUUGACGCCAACCGGACACUUUGAACGCAGUGCGCGAGGAAAACGAUUCAUUGUGGUGCCGCCGAAACACCAAUUUCCGAUCUUCCUGCGGGACAAAGGGCCAGAGAAGCUGGAGAAGAUCCCCCAAGUCGAUCUGGACAACAUGCUCCAGUUUAUCGAAUCGACGCGGUUCUCCUUCCUCAAGCCGACCAACAACAUGCGCGUGGAGCUGAAUGCCCAAAUAGUGUGCACCAGCGAAGUUCUCGAGCUGAUGAUGUGUGCUCCCUACGAGAACAAGACGGGCUGGUCCCUAGGAGUCUCCCGGUACCGCAACACCAUGUACAUCUGCCGCAUGGCCAGCGAGCAUGCCGAUGGCUUCGACCACGAUCAUUUCGGGAAGAUAUUGCAAGAAUCCUUGAUGAGUCAGCUGCACAAACACUGUGUAGUUGAGAACGUCGUAGCGCCCAGGAGCGAGCAAUCACAUCAAGAACCGGGACGCUUUCAUGGUGUCUUCUCCUUCGACUUGAAUGGCCAUCGAGUGUUGUUUGAUUCACCAGUGCUGGCUGAGUCGAGUCCCCAUGCAUUCAAUGGUCCUGCCCAGAACUGGGCAGAUCUGCAGAUGCGUUCGGUGCUCAUGAACCGACUGGACUGGACAACGCACAAUCGCACGGAGGCCCUUAAGUGGUGGGCCAAGUGCUUCCUUCUGGGCAUCGAAAGCCUUUAUAUAGCAUCGCGCGAUAACAAUUCCUUUGUGCACAGCAUAAAAAAGACUUCUGUUCGGGAUUUGUGGAAGGAUUGCGAAAAGGAUUGGUCGACCGGUGUGUGCGCCAACUUUAUGGUGCGCCUGCUGGGCUGUAUGUCGCAAGUCAUGGCACCGAUCGACUGUCCCAGCACCGUAUACCUAUUCAAGUACGACGCAAAAUGUGGCAAAGUGGCCUACGCGGCCUACCCAGGACGCAAUCAAUACACAUUUGUGGCCGACUGGUACCGGAUGAUGCUGGACGAACACAUCGAAGACUUGGUUAUGAAAAAUCGGGAUACACAAAUCAAAUCGAUGUAGCUUACAUAAUUUUUCAAUGACCUA